UUUCCCCCCUUAUGACGUCCGUUUCCCCCAUCUAUUGCAAGCGAAUGGAAGAAGUUUUCUCCGAGUUCUGUCACGGCGGCGAUGGACACGGAACCCCUUUUGGACGAUAGUCUAGAUUCGGUGGAGGCACCCAUGACGGUGAUUUACGACAACAACAUAUCCCCCAUGAGUGUCACGACAAGUGUUGGCAUUCGGAGUGGCGAUGGUGGCAGUGACAAUGAGGAGUCGGAACCCAUGACGACCAUACCCCUGACACAAGGUUCAGGGGGUGUGGGGGGAGGGGGAGGGGGCCGGCGGAAGAAAGAGUCCACAGCCCAGUAUAAUAAUGAGCGAGAAAUGUGUCUGCAGUAUUUUGAGAAGUGGAGUGAGCAGGACCAGCUGGAGUUCAUGGAGCACCUCCUGUCCAGAAUGUGCCACUACCAGCAUGGACACAUCAACGCCUUCCUAAAGCCUAUGCUCCAGAGAGAUUUUAUUACGCUCUUGCCAAAAAAGGGUCUAGAUCAUGUAGCAGAAAAAAUCUUAGGAUAUUUAGAUGCCAAAUCCUUGCGAGAAGCAGAGUUGGUAUGUAAAGAAUGGCACAGGGUAAUUGCAGAUGGACUUCUAUGGAAAAAAUUGAUAGAGAGAAAAGUACGCACAGAUCCUCUAUGGAGAGGGCUCUCAGAACGAAAGGGGUGGGGUAUGUAUCUCUUCAAACCACGGCCAGGAGAACAACAUCCUGGGCACUCUUAUUAUCGAAAGUUAUAUCCUAAAAUUAUACAGGAUAUUCAAACCAUAGAAAAUAAUUGGAGAAUGGGUAGACAUAAUUUGCAAAGGAUAAAUUGUCGCUCAGAGAACUCCAAAGGUGUCUACUGUUUACAAUAUGAUGACCAGAAAAUUGUCUCUGGUCUCCGAGAUAACACCAUCAAAAUUUGGGAUCGAACUUCGCUGCAGUGUUACAAGGUACGAGGGGUACGUCGGACCUUCCUUAGUAUUUUUAGAUCCAAAUGGGUCUCAUUCACUUAUUUUGUAUGGAUUCAGAACUUAAAUCAUUUUAAGUUAAUCCAUCACAUGUAGACAUUCCAGAGAAGCUUUUAUCAAUAUCUGUUUUAUUAAUGAAUAAGAAUUGUUUUUUUGUCUGGAACUGAGACAUGAUCCAAGUGAAGUCAUUUUGAGAGAUAUUGAUGCUAGCUGAACUGUGAUAGGUUGAUGCCUGUUUUGUAUAUGCAUCAGAGGGGGAAGCUGUGGAAGCUACUGGACUUCUUUUUGUUGUUGUUUUGAGGCAUUCAUGGGAGAACUUUUCACAACCACAAACGUCUCUUUGCACGAGUUCACGAAGGGUACAAUGGUUAGCACUUUGCCAGAUAUUUAUAUUUCCCCUGUUCUCUAUUUUCAGCCAGAUGCAUGUAUCAUCACAGCCUCCCACCUCUGAUGAAUUUGAUGUUAGGUUUUUAAGAUUAUACAUUGUUUCAACUAAAUUUUUAGUCCACCCAAGGAAGUGUUUCAUUUGCUUUCUUUCUUUGUCAUUGUGAUAUCUGCUGUCAAGCAGAACAACCCCAGCCCACGCUGGUUCUCCCCCCGCUCACCCCAGAGAGAC